CACACCGACAGGAGGUUCAUUUCCCUUCCUGUGCUCUUUCACAGAAGCGGUUUUUCCCUUUUCUCUAGCAUCUGUGUUUUACAGCCUCCUAUAAUGAGUCUGAGGAUCAUCGUUGUUCUGGCGGUGUUAACUGGGGUAACUGGGAGCCCCAGUGUGACCAUCAGGCCUGAAGCUGACUCUGCGGACAUGACGGCUCAUCCAAACAGCGUACCAGAAACAGUGGAGGAAACCGAGUUCUUUGGAAAGCAGAACGUAUCAGUGGAAGAGGAGGCCGAAGAGGAUGUGAUGGCGACUGGAGAGCUGAACCCCAAUCACUACCCAGCUCAGAGGGCGGCCAAAGUGGUCCAACACUACCUCAACACCCAGUACGGCUCGCCAUUCAGGCUGUUCGGACUGCACAAUGUCCAAAGUGGGAACGCAGAGGAUGUGGCAGACUCUGGAAGAAAGUAUCAGCUGGAGAUCACAGUGCAGGAGAUAAUCAGCAACACUACGGAGAAAUGCCCUGCAGAAGUUUUGUUUCCGAGAGGAGAACAACGGCGCUCACCUCAGGUCCAGGCCUCGUGUGAGGAGCUCCUUAAAAACACCAAGGCUCAGGAGGAGGCCUUGUUCAAACAGUACAAAAUGAACCCAAGCCUGCUGUCGGCAAACAAUAUACCUGACAGCUUUGGUCACAUGGAACCUGACAGCAGGCCUCUCUGGCACCUCGGCAUUGUGGCCUCCAGCUUCGUCAUGCUGAAUGAGUCCACUGAAAACACUCUGUACAACAUGGCUCAGGUAGCCAACAUCACACAGCUGGAGACUGAGAACGAACAGCUGAAGUUUGACUGUCACAUACUGCUGCAUGAGAUGGUGUCCCAGGAAAUCAUUCACUGGAAGCUGCUGUUCACCUGGUCUCCUCCAGAGGGAGUUAAAGUGCUGCAGAUGGAACAGCUGCCACACUGCCAUGAAGGUGCAAAACCUCCAAACACAAGCUAAACUGCGGACAUCCAUCACAAUGCUAUAACAACCAAAACAACAUUGUGAUACUACCAUCUUGUAUUCAAAUAUCGGAGCAUAAAUGCUGCGAGUAAAAAGCAAUCAUAUAUAAUUAUGAUAUCUGUACAUUGUGCUACGUUUGUAGUACUUUUGGUAUUGUAUUCUAGUCAAAAUAAACUGUAUAUACAGUU